UCCGGAGCGUACGUUCCCGCGCUUAAAAAAAAUUAUACUUAAUCCAUUCAUUCACGAGUCGCGCGAACUUUAACCAGCCAGUCUCUUCCCGCGCUUUAAAAAAAACAAUACGUCAUCGCGAGGUGCUUUAUAGUGGUACUUUCACUUGUACUCCUGUUGACAAUUGCAUCACAAUACAGUUAACCAGCGACCAUGUGCCCAAUAUGGCCGCUGCACCUCAUCGUGCUGUACAUCCUGGCGAUGUGUCCUCUGUGGGUGUUGUGCCAGGCGGCCCCGCAGCUCACAGCCUACUUCAUACCGGACCAGGUCUCUGUACACAUGGAUGAUUACUACAUGGUCAACGUUACUGUCAAUGGCACUGGGAUACAGGCUAACGACGAACUAAUACUGUCGUCGAGCGAAGAACAGCUAGCUACAGCCAAAUGGCAGAACUCGGACGGGCCUUCGUACGUGCUCAGUGAAGACCAUGCUAGUAGGGGGCACUUCGAAGGCGUCAUGCAAGUCGACGGGGUGUUUUUAGGAUUCAGUGAAGUGAAGUUAUCCACCAAACGCGGUACCACUGAAUACCCCGUCGACAACUCGCUUUCGGUGACAGUACUCAGGCCAGAGCGGGUAAUAGACUCCGUAUUCGUCACCAGCGUAGCUCUAUUCGUGUCCCUGAUCUUCAUAAACUUCGGGUGCGCGAUGGACUGGCCCACAGUGAAGGAAGUAGUCAAAAGGCCAGUGGGGCCCGCUAUAGGAAUGUUAGGCCAGUUUCUCUUCAUGCCACUGAUGUCAUUCGGCCUCGGCUUCCUCGUAUUCCCCGGUUCGGACGACGUGUCUGCUGCCAUGCGUCUCGGCAUGUUCUUCACCGGAGUAUCACCUGGAGGAGGAGCUUCCAACAUCUGGACCUUCGUGCUGGGAGGGAACCUUAAUUUGUCGCUCGCUAUGACUUCUAUAUCCACGCUGGCUUGUUUUGGAUUCAUGCCAGCUUGGCUCUUCUCCCUCGGCCAAGUAGUGUUCCGUAACGCCAACAUCGUGGUCCCAUACGCGCGUAUCGCCUCCUUCGUCGUUGGCCUCAUAGUGCCCAUGCUCAUAGGCCUCGGCAUGCAGAAAUGGACUCCAAAGUUAUCCGCCUUUAUGGUCCGGAUAUUGAAACCACUGUCGACAUCGCUGCUUCUGUUUAUCAUUAUAUUCGCCAUUGUGACGAAUCUGUAUAUUUUCUCGCUGUUUACUUGGCAGAUCAUAGCCGCAGGCAUCGGCCUCCCCUGGCUAGGCUACGGUUUCGGCUACCUUAUAGCGCGUGUGUUGCGUCAGAACCAUCCCGACGCGCUCGCCAUAUCCAUAGAAACCGGUGUUCAAAACACUGGCAUCGCUAUAUUCUUGCUGCGAUACGCUUUGCCGCAGCCUCAGGCUGAUCUCACUACAGUGGUCCCAGUAUCGGUGGCUAUCAUGACCCCGAUCCCAAUGACCUGCAUCUACAUCUACCAAAAGCUGAAAGCUUGUAUGGGAGCUAUGACAACCGAAACAAACACAAAAAAAUCGUUGAAGACGACGCAACCCCCAGCAGUGAGGCGCCUCAGCCUGUCAACGGCAUCGCAACCAUUGAUGUCGAAAAAUAAGGACGCACCCGUCUAAAACCAGGUCUCGCGCUUUACCACAUUACUAUAACGAUGUAUUGAUUGAAUGAUGUAAUGUUUGUGUAGGGUUGCCUUUUUAUCCGUCACUUUCAUAGCUAGGUUCACGCGAAUGGAAUGAAUGAGUGAAUGAAAAUAUUGUGUAUUAACCAAUCAAAUUGUUACUCCGAGUAUGGGUUCACUCACAAAAUUAAUGUUCAUUCUGUUCGAGCUAGAUUUCAUGAAUCAAAAUGUGCAAGAUACAAAAGUUAGAAUUACCGCAAAACAUGAAAAUGACUAUUGACUAUAAAGUAAAAACGUCGUUAGAACCACGUUGAAGGUAGAGUAGAUUAUCGACUCUAUUUUUAUGAACAACAGACUACAAGCUUUUUUAUGGCUAAAUUAUUUUUAGCUAAAUGGAAACAUAAUAUACAAAAUAAAAUAACAAUGUUUCUUGACUAAGCCCAAUUUCCCAUUUAAGUAAACAAUACGAUAUAAGUAUAAUAAGGCCUAUUGUUGUACAUGAAUGACGAAUAGUAACGCUCCUUUAAAAUGGUACGAGUAAUGGAAAAUAGGAUACAGAAAAUUGAGCAAUGAUGUCUAAGGUGUUCAUGCAUUUAGAAAAGUACUGCCAAUAUUAUAAGCGAAAUUUAGUAUAUUAUUUCCUGUAUUUAUGAAUAUUAUGAAUACAGAUAAAACAUAUCAUGUUUUUUUUUAAUGGGAUCAAAUCAUUCAUUCAAACGUCGCAUCAUUCGUUCAGUGUAUCGUUACGCUGGCAGAUCUCGGCGUGGUAAAGUGUUGCCAGUCAAAAUUCAAUGUUGCCAGCCUGAAAAUGUGACAAGUACUUUUGAGAUCUGGUUUUUCAGUAUAAUAGUUGAAUGUGGAAUAUUUUUCGAGGAUUACAUUUUGAAUUUUCGGCGCAUAUUUUUGGUGCUAAAUUUUUUUGUGAGAAGUUUAAAUUUAUUGUAACGUUUUUUAACGUCUUGAAAACUUAGUACAAGGCCUUCAUAUGUUUUGGCCGUGCUAUGUAUUUAUUUGAAUGACGUUCCUACUUGUCAUUGUUUUGGAUAAAAGUCACCUAUAAAAUUGUAUGUCACAUUAAUUUUUUUGAAGCACUAACGAUCUGGGCGAGGUUUUAACACUUAGUUAGACGCAUUGUUUACAUUAUUUGUUUUGCUUGUUACCACGUUGUAUUUUUAUUUGCCUCAGAUUUGUCUAUGACAAACGUUUGUUGUGAUCGAACUUUAUAUGUAUCUAUAGCGUAGAAAAUUGAGUUUCGUGUCAAAUCUGUGUUAUUUAAUUUUUAUCCAACUUAAAUUUAUCUUAAUUCUUGAAACCCAAAGUGUGAUGUUACCCUAAUAGCAAUAGUGCAACGUGGUAUUUUUUGCUUUUUAACUUCGAAUGUCUUGUCAGUUAUGUUUACCGGCACAAAUUAUGAGAGUGAGAAAUACAAACACGAAAACCUAUAUAACGACCUCCUAGUUUGUAAUAUUAUUGAAAGCAAUGAACAAAAAAUAAGAACGGUGUAAAAUAAUAUUGAUUUUUCAUGAUCAGGGAACAUUUUUUUUAAAGGACUUGAGGGCGGAUCGUGGACCAUUAUUGGUUCACGAUGAAUAUGUGUUGCCAGAGUAAAAGUAUUUUCAUAGGUAUGUCAAAUUGACAGUGCGAACGAUAAGUGCAUAUGCUACAAUGCUCACUUGACCUUAGUGAGGCUGUUUGCUUGUUUGCCACCAUUUUAUACUCUCUCAUGAUUGGUGCCGGCAACUCGUGUGGGAUUUCACAUGACUCGUUUUAUAGGUGAAACAGAUGUGAAAAGGCUGCUAUUAUGGCAUGAACAGUAUUUGUUAAGUUAUGAACAAUCUAAUUAUGUUAAGAAUGAAAUACAAGUUUUUUUAAUGUA